AUGACUCACUUAAAGAAAUCAAAAAUUAUUCCUUUCGGACCUUGGGUAUUAUGGAUAAUUACUACAAUAGCACAUAUGAUACUUUGGGAAGUAAUAUCAGAUAAUAAUUUAUCAUUAAGUACAGAAGAAAAAGAAUUGUAUAAAAUAGAUAAUGAAAACCUUUUAAAAGAUGAUAAAAUAUUCCAUAAUUAUAAUAAGUCAUUUAAUAUAAUAAAUUUUACGUGCGGAUCUUUUCUUAUUUUUUUAUGCUUAGUUAAUAUUUUAUUUAAUAUCAAUAAAAAAUUAAGUAAAUAUAAAAAAAUUGUAAGAUUGAUAAAUUUAAAUUUACAAAUAUUAGUUAUUUCUUUAAUUUUUAUGGAAAAUUUUGAUAAUCAACUAUUCUUUUGUAAUUUAAAAGAAUAUUUAUAUUGGUUUGAAAAUUAUAAUAAUAAAAUUAGUUUGUUUAUAAAUUCAGGAAAUAAUUUAUGUAUAAUGCAUAAAUAUGCAAAUUUUUUUUCUUUAAGUUUUUCAUUGUUUUUAUUAGUUGAGUUUUUUGCAUUAUAUCUUGACACGGAAAAACCCUUUCGAAAGAAAUUUUUUAUAUUCUACAUUAAAAUAUUAACAGCUUUUAUUUCUUUAGCUUUAUUUUAUUUUUACUUAAAAAACAAGUAUUUUUUUAAUAAUAUACUUUCAAAGUAUAGUAAUUUCAGCUUAGAAAAUCUUAAUGAAACUAUUAAAAUUAUAGUACUUGCUACUCAAAAACAAAAAUUAUACUAUUUUCAAUUGCUCAUAUUUAGUACAUUUUUCUCUGCAGUUUUUUUCGGGGCAUCUGGAUUUUAUGAUUUGUACUCCAUUUUAAAAGCGUGUAAAUUUUUUCUUUUAGUAGGUGUAUUGAUAAGCGUUUGUGCCAUUAUUGUUAUAUUGAGUCAAAUACUUUUUUCAACUUAUAUACUUGAAGAAAAUUUUUUUUUCUGCUCUUAUAAAGAGUAUAUAGAAGUCGGCAAAAUCCUUAAAGAAAAAGCUUCGAGUACACUGGAUAUACCAUCAGAUAUUAUAGAAACUAAAUGGUUUUGCAAUUUAAAGAGUUUUUUAUAUAUAUAUUUUGCAAAUAUUACUACAAGCUUAUUAGCUUUUGUUGUAGAUUUUUUUGUUUCAAUUUACCUGGUAUUUUCUAAGAAGUUUUCUUCAAAAGUUGCUUAA